AUGGAUCUUCAAAGCCUUGAUGCAGCCCUUAUAUACAUUAUAUGUGAGGACUUUUGUCUUCAUUGCCACGAAGGACUUGGAGAUCACCAGGACUUCCCCAGUGUAUCCACUGCUCAAGAUGCCGAUGCGAAGGCCCUUCGACACACCCUCGUUAGUCUCUCUACGGUCUGUAAGAGCUGGGGAUAUAUAGCGCAGAAAACCCUCCACCACCAUUUCGGCUUUUCUGAAGUAACGCCUAAAGUUGAGGUUCUGUUCUGUAGGACUCUCUCUGAGAACCCAGAACUAGCCAAGCAAGCCAAACAGAUUAUGCUGAGAUAUAUCUAUCCGGAUGACACUCGCGCUGAGGAAGACUGGCUGAUCAAGUCCUUGAAUAAAUUUUCUAAUAUGCUCAACCUCCCAGGAGAAGACUACAAUAUCAUAGGAUGGGAGCCGUUUAUAGGAGCACUUAUCCUUCUUCAAACACCCAACCUCCAGUAUCUCGAGACAAUAGCCGAAGACUGCUUCAAGAUACUCGACAAGUUCAGAAAGCCCCUUUCAAACCAUGGAAACUACCUCCCUCAGCGCUUGAAGAGUCUGGAUAUUAAAAAUAAGACUGCCAGGCAAACUGUGUUUCGCAACCCCCUCGAUAUGUCUGAGGGCUCCAUUGGCGGAUUCAUUGCAGCACUUCCAAAUCUCCAGAGCCUAGAAGCUGUGAAUCCUUGUCUUCGGACACUGCGAGAUCCACUACAAUUCCGCAAUAUUCGUCAUAUUGCCCUUCGAAGCACGAUAUUGAGCAAAGAAGCACUUGGACUCCUGGUUUCUGCAACAGGACCAUUGGAGUCAUUUCUGUACAUAGGUGCCUAUUGCUAUGGAGCUAACCUUUGUUCCAUCCAAGAUCUUUGCGAAGUUCUUGUACUCCGCAAGAAUACCUUGAAAUGGCUUCUUGCAGUGCCAAUUCACACAGCAUACAACUUCACAGCAGGCACACGACUUCUCAACGUUCAGUACAUGCGCAUGACCCUUGAGGACAUCUGGCUGCCUGUGCCUGAUGACAAUAUCCGAGACGAUCAGUUAUUAAUGAGAGGCUUGCCGCCGCGCCUCGAAAAGGUCCAAUUCGACGCCGCGGAGAAUAUACUGGAGGAUUUGUUGGAUGCCGUCGUCACCUACAUUCAGUCGAGCUAUCGGAAAGAUCCAAAUGACCAAGUGCUCAAGACAGUGCAUAUUCUGGUCUACAUGGACUCCGACCGGGAAACGAUGGAGCAAUCGCCUGACUCCAUACACAAUUCAGCCCUGAAGGUGAUCCACGAGAAAUGCGGAGACUUUCUAAAACAUGGCAAGGUAGUCCUUCGGCCUUUCUGGGGUGAUGGCCUGGAUACGGACGAUGGCCAUCUAUAG